AUGAUCUAAAGCUUAGGAAUGCAAACCAAAUUUCAUAAAUAAAUGGAGAAAAUGAAAGGUUUUCUGGUCUCAGCUCGAAAUAUAUCACCCAUAAAUGACGAAGAGCCAAUUAGAAAAACAUAAACUCCUUUGAUUGGCUAAUAAGCAUAAUCAAUAUCAUUUAGCGAUGACGAAAUGGAAGAUUAAGACUUCAAAUAAAUAGGAGUAAAAUCCACAAAUUUCGAAGAUGAAUUUAUACUUGGAAAAAAACUAGGUGAAGGUACUAAUGGUAUAGUUAGAAUUUGUUGGAAAAAAGACAAUCCUUAAUAAUUAUUUGCUGUCAAAAUUAUAUAGACUCCAGAUGAAGAACAAUUAGAUAUUAUUAGAUAGACAUUUAUCAAUUCUACAAUAAUCAAAAGUCCUUAUAUUGCAAAAAGCUAUAAAUUAUAUAUUGACAUUAAUGUAAUAUAUAUGGUAAUGGAAUACGUGCCAUUUCAGGAUUUAUAAUCGUUAUUAUAGAAAAGAAUAAAAUUGAAAGAAUAAGAAGUUUAAAGAAUAGCAUGUUCUUUAUUAAAGAGCAUUAGAUGUCUCCACAGUUGUGGUAUUUGUCAUAGAGAUAUUAAACCAGAUAAUGUGCUUAUAAAUCCAAAGUAUAAUAAUUGUUAUUUAUAGCGAUUACACAGUCAAAUUGAUAGACUUCGGAGUUUCAAGAAGAUUUGUUAGUUUCAACAAUAGUACAUUUAGAUAUAUGAGAAAUCAAAUGUUAACAGUUACUGGUAACCUACAUUAUCGAGCACCAGAAAUAAUGAAUAGUCAAAUCUAUGGCUAUAAUCAGUAGGUUGAUAUAUGGGCAAUUGGAGUUAUUAUUUAUCAAUCUUUAACAGGAGUAUUGCCAUUCACUUCAGAUAAUACUGCUGAAAUAAUUGCUUUGUUGGCCAAUAGGUAUUCUAUUUUUAUACACUCUACAGUUAAUCAAUCAAUGAGGCAUUCCAAAAACAAUAAUUUUUGUCCCUUUCCUCUAGUUGCAGAGACUUAAUCAAAAGACUAAUGAUGUGGAAUCCUUUGAAAAGAUUAACCGCCUCAGAAGCACUAAAACACAUAUGGAUACCAAAUAUGUAAACUCCUAGAAAGCCCCUUACAAAAAAAAUUACAAAAGAUGAUAUGGAUACUAGUAAAAUAAGUUAAAAUAGUGAUCUUCUUAAUAAGUCACUAAUUAAUAGCGCAACUGUUUUGAAUUUUGAAUUAUAGAACACGCUUAUUAAAAGUAAAUAAAUUGACUCUAUCAUGGAAAAUUAAGAAAUCACUCGAUCUUAAAAGAGUCUUGGAUUCUCAAUUAAAAUCAAAAGAGAAAAAGAAAUUUAAGAUUUUAAAACUAAAUUAAGAUAAUUUAAAUUAGAUACUUCAACAAAAAUUUAUAAGAGGAAUAAUUCAAAUUAGAAUAAUACUAUCUAAUUGGUUGGUGCAGUAAUUGAUGAUAAAAUGAACAAUUCAAUUAAACUGGAUGAUGAAGACGAUAUUUUUGGAAUCAAAGUAUGUGGAAGUCAUCACUCUCUAACACAAAUUGAUGAACCUGUUUAAAAUGAGUAAUAAACACAACAUAACAAGUUGGAUCCUACAUUAUUGUAGUAGCUCUUAGAAUUUAAUUUGUGAUUUAAUAUAUAAAUAAUGAACUCUUCUAAAACUUCAAGAACUGUCAAAGCCAUGCAUUUAUUCCAUUUAGAGUAAAGGAAUUCAAAUCUUUAACAUUAUAAUAUUCCUACUUGUAGAGAAACUAUUCCUAGUAUCUUAAAACCUUUAAGAUUAUCUCCAACUAAAUAAUCAUUACCAACAUCUCGAUUCAAUUUAGAAAAUAAUCAAAGUAAAUUAUCAGUCGAAAGGAAGAUAUCAUAACUUAGAAAAGAACUACAAAUUGCAAAAAAUAUAAAACAGAAAUAAUUGUUUCAAAGCAAUAAAUUAAUAAACAACAAUAAUUUCUCUACUCUUGAGAUAUAACUAGAUAAACAACCAAAACUAAUGAAAUAUUUCCAAAAAAAAUCUAAUUCUAAAAUUAAACUUUUCGAAAUCCCUAUCACUAUUCAAGAAAGAUAAAUUUAAUAAUCAACUUAAUCAACUUAAGUUACUAAAAUUCCAAUAUUAAAAUUAUAANAUCAGUAGGUUGAUAUAUGGGCAAUUGGAGUUAUUAUUUAUCAAUCUUUAACAGGAGUAUUGCCAUUCACUUCAGAUAAUACUGCUGAAAUAAUUGCUUUGUUGGCCAAUAGGUAUUCUAUUUUUAUACACUCUACAGUUAAUCAAUCAAUGAGGCAUUCCAAAAACAAUAAUUUUUGUCCCUUUCCUCUAGUUGCAGAGACUUAAUCAAAAGACUAAUGAUGUGGAAUCCUUUGAAAAGAUUAACCGCCUCAGAAGCACUAAAACACAUAUGGAUACCAAAUAUGUAAACUCCUAGAAAGCCCCUUACAAAAAAAAUUACAAAAGAUGAUAUGGAUACUAGUAAAAUAAGUUAAAAUAGUGAUCUUCUUAAUAAGUCACUAAUUAAUAGCGCAACUGUUUUGAAUUUUGAAUUAUAGAACACGCUUAUUAAAAGUAAAUAAAUUGACUCUAUCAUGGAAAAUUAAGAAAUCACUCGAUCUUAAAAGAGUCUUGGAUUCUCAAUUAAAAUCAAAAGAGAAAAAGAAAUUUAAGAUUUUAAAACUAAAUUAAGAUAAUUUAAAUUAGAUACUUCAACAAAAAUUUAUAAGAGGAAUAAUUCAAAUUAGAAUAAUACUAUCUAAUUGGUUGGUGCAGUAAUUGAUGAUAAAAUGAACAAUUCAAUUAAACUGGAUGAUGAAGACGAUAUUUUUGGAAUCAAAGUAUGUGGAAGUCAUCACUCUCUAACACAAAUUGAUGAACCUGUUUAAAAUGAGUAAUAAACACAACAUAACAAGUUGGAUCCUACAUUAUUGUAGUAGCUCUUAGAAUUUAAUUUGUGA